GUGAGAACAUUGUCAUUCCUCCAUAUCCAAUAUUAAGUGGAAUUUUUCGCUCUCCCGUUGCGUGCUUAACAAUAUUACUUUGACAAAUAUGAAGUCAUCAAUAAGCUUCAUUGCGACUAUCCUCAUUUGCUGUGCCAUGUGUGAGACACCGCCAAGUAUUGUGUUGUGCUCAAGUGUUGUUAGUCGAGACAAAUGGAAUGCAAAUGCUGCCACUGAGACGAAUUUUCUUGAGCUUCCUGUGAAAAUUGUCAUUAUCUGCCACACGGUUACACCUGAAUGCACUACCCUGCAGGCCUGUAUACGUCGCGUAAAGAGUAUUCAGAAAUACCAUCAGAAAGAGAAGCAUUGGGGUGAUAUUGCGUACAACUUUCUCAUUGGAAAUGACGGGAGAGUCUAUGAAGGGAUUGGAUGGGAUAAAGUUGGACGUCAUACAAAGCAAUUCAAUGAAGUCUCUAUUGGUAUUGCUUUUAUUGGGAACUUUUCAGCCAAACCACCCUCAAAAGCAGCCCUUGAUGCCGCCAAAAAUCUCCUCCAAUGUGGCUGUGCUGAAGGACAUUUAGAUGCAAACUACACCCUCUUUGGGGCUCGUGAUGUGUCCAACACUGAAAGCCCUGGGGCAAAUCUCAAUCAAGAAAUUCAAAAUUGGUCCCACUGGAUGACUAUGGAGCAGGGACAAAUAAUCAUCCCACGCAAGUGAAGUGGGUGGUGCAUGAGAUUGUUGCCUGAUAGCGCGUGGCAAUUGGGUGAGCUUUUGGUGAGCCUCGCCACUCCCAAAGAUCAUGUGCAUGUACCCAGAGCAUAAUAUACAUAAAAUA